ACGAAUAGUGUACUUUGAUUAGAAGAACACAUAUAAAUGUUGUAUUAGAUCAUCAAUUAGUAUUAUUUAAUUCAAUACUUAAUUUGAGCUUAACCUUUAUGCAGAAACGUACUUUAAAGUUAAUGUGUCGAUAUUUAUGGGUGAUGCACAUGCCUUAACCUUAAAAUAUUUUACUACAUAUUUGUAAGAAAGCUUUCUUUAAUUUGUAUACAGCUUCUACGUUCACGCUAUGACAAGAUUUGCAAGAGCAAAAGGAUCUAAGUCAUCUAAUGAACGGCAACCUAAUGAACCUACACCAUGGCAUGUUAUGAAAGUAGGCUUAAAUGAAGAUCACAAUACAAGAAUAUGUGAAAAGCCAAAAUCAGCAUCUGAAUUGCUAAAGGCAAAAGAUGAACUAGUUUACUACGAUACGAUAGGAAAUGUGAAUCAUGGAUGGUCUGAAUUUGACAAUACACAAGUAAGAAAGAAAAAUGAUGAAAAUGAUAAAGUUCAGAAUAAUAAGUCAGAAUCCACAAAAAAGAAAUUAAAAAAGGCACAUAAGUCAGAUAAAAAUGAUCAUGUUAAUGAUAGUAGUGUGAAUCAGCUGAAAAAUAAAAACAAUGUAAAGGAUAUAUCUAAUGUAAAUCAUGAAACAAAUAAGGAGAUAACACAGCAUGCAAUGUCUACAAAUUCACAUGUGGAAAUAAAGAAUGAAAAAACUUUGUCCAAGAAUAUGCAAGCUGAACAUGUAAAGAAUGGUGAGAUCACAGCACCUUUAAGUAAACGACAAAAAAGAAAUAGAAAAAUGGCAAGGAAAAAUUCAACUAAUGAAACCAUUGCAAGCGAUGAAAAAACAACAGCUGGAAAUACAAAGUUUAACAUAGAAGGAAACAAUUGGAGCACUGAUGUUAAAUUUGGUAAAAAGCACAAGUUGGGAGAGGAAACAAAUAAAAACAAUUAUCUAAAAAAACAAGAUAAUAGCAAAGAGAAUGAAACGAAGAAGAAAACCAUUUUAGAUUCAAAUCCAUAUAAAAAUACUCAACAAGGGAACAAGAGAAAAGCGCCUAAAGUGCGUGAUGACAACACACACAAAAGAAGAAAGCCAGACAUUGGUAGAACGACAAUAACAGUUAAUGGCAAAGAUAUUGACAUAGUAAAAUAUGAUGGAUUUCCAAUAAUGAAAGAAGACGCCGAAAGACUCAAAAACCUCAAAGAAGAGAUGGUGAACAAAGGAAUACCUUAUUCAGAAAUCAAUAGAGCCCUCAAAUUAGAACGACGUAGAUGUGAAAAGGUACUGGCACGCCGAAAGAAAAAUGUCUGUUUCCACUGUCGUACAUCCGGACAUAAUCUCUCUGAGUGUCCAGAUUUAGACAAACAGGAAUCCGCCAUCGGCAUUUGCUUCAAAUGCGGUUCCACGGAACAUACGCAUUACGAGUGCAGAGUUAACAAAACUCAAGAAUUCCGUUAUGCCACCUGCUUUAUAUGCAGGGAAGAAGGCCACAUUGCUAAGCAAUGUCCGGAUAAUCCUAAAGGUUUAUACCCUGACGGUGGUGCCUGUAAAAUAUGCGGUGACGUAACGCAUCUCAGAAAGGACUGUCCAGAUUUGGUGAAGGAAAAAGAGGAGAACACUAUUACCGUGGACACCAUAACGAGUGAAGAUAUCGAAUCCUUGGACAAGAAUGCAUCAAACACAGCAAAGGCUUCAAAAACUAAGAACAACACAGCAAAGACUAAAAUAAUAAACUUUUAACAUCUGCCUUGUACAUAAUUUUUCUGUACUAUAAAAAGCCAUUUCUUUU